AUGCUGCCCUUUUGGGCCCUGUUACUUGGCACGGCCGCUGCUGCUGUGCCCAACCGUGAAGAAAUCAACGAAUCUUGCAAUGUUCAAAAUGCGCUUGGUUCUGUCGUGAGGACGGCUUACGCCCGUUUGUUGGCCGUUCACUGCGCUACUGGAGUGAACGAGCAAAAAACCAGUCAUCUUUACGAUUUAUUCGAACCUUUGGACGCCAUCAGCUCAUUCUGCUCCGAUGCUGUCGACGGAUCAUCCGCACAUUCAGCCCUUUACGACAUCCAAAAAGGUCUUCAUCGUCCAAGUCAUUCUUCUUCGGAUCUUUCCCUCUUCGACGGAUCAGAUGAAAUCAAACGCGAACGAUUCCAAAUCGGCCGCAAAAUUCUCGACUCUUUCGAAAACAUCGUUUGCGAAGACAGCGACAAGGUGCAAAACGCGGUCGAACGAAUCUUCACCAGAGCACGUGAUGGAAGCGAAGAUGCCCAGCGACUGUUCGGCUUUGCCAAGACUGAAAGCCUUGAAGAUCAUUGCGACAAUGUCGAAAAAAUGAUGAUGCCCAACUCCGUCAUUUUUACGAGAAAGAAUGAGAAUCAACCGGAAUCGGCGAAAUUGCCCGACUUGGAUAUGGACAACCUACUGGAAAUAAUCGCUGAUGCACGAGAAAAGAGCGAGAUUUUCAUCUUUAUCGACUCUCCAGUGCUGAAAGACAAAUCAACCGCCGUCGGGGUCGCUUCACUAGCGCAAACAAAGGUACAACAGAUCAACUUUUUCAAGGAAAACAAAAAAUAA